AUGCUUCCUCCAUUUGACUACUUCACUUAUCGGCGCAUAAGAAACCAAAAACAAAAGGAGCGAGAAGUCCGCUUCGCAACCCUCCCGGCACCAUAUCACCUCCGCAUUGGCGCCCAAGACCUCAAGAUCAUCAACCAGCCUAUUGAGGAGCUUGUCCAUGAUAUCCAGGACUCGACCGUUUCUCCGCUCGAUGUUCUGCGUACUUAUGGAAAGGUAGCCAAAAGAGCCCAGGAGCGUACCAACUGUAUUACCGAACUGCUGCUACCCGAGGCUGAGGCGUGGCUGGAGUCGGAGAUCAAUCUCAAGGGUCCCCUGGCUGGUAUUCCGGUUUCUUUGAAGGAUUCCGUUCAUGUCAAGGGAUUCGAUACUAGUGUUGGGUAUGCGGGUUUCACUGGGAAGCCUGCCUUGGAAGAUGGGCCUAUGGUGCGGUUGUUGAAAGAUGCCGGUGCUGUUCCAUAUGCCAAGACGGCACUGCCCAUCACCCUGCUCUCCUUUGAGUCGGCUAACGGGCUUUGGGGAAGAUGCCGCAACCCGCAUUCCCCAGGCUAUUCUCCCGGUGGCUCAACUGGUGGAGAGGGAGCCUUGCUAGCUCAGGGUGGUCGCAUCGGUAUUGGAUCUGAUGUGGCUGGUUCGGUCCGUGUACCUGCCGCUUGGAGCGGGAUCUAUUCGCUCCGCUGCAGCACUGGCCGCUGGCCCAAGGGCGGUGUUAGCACCAGUAUGCCCGGCCAGGAGGGUGUCCCCAGUGUCUUCAGCCCAAUGGCCCGCACUCUGGAUGAUUUGACGUACUUCACUCGUGCGAUUAUCAACAUGGAGCCUUGGAAGUAUGAGCACAGUGUUCACCCUAUUGCCUGGCGCAACGAGCUUGAAUCCGAAGCUCAAAGCAAGCCUCUUCGCAUUGGCCUCAUGAGCUCUGAUGGCGUCGUCCCCCCAACUCCCGCCAUUGAACGUGCCCUCGCAACCACAGUGGCCGCCCUCACUAAAGCUGGCCACUCUGUUUCCGAGAUCGCCACUCCCCCCGACGCAGAUCCCUUUACCGGGCUGAAUCUUGCCUCGCAACUCCUCAACGCAGAUGGCUGCCACCACUUCAACGCCAACCUCAAGAGCUUCGAGCCCUCCGACCCCGGCGCCAUGCAACUCUCCAGCAUCGCCCAUCUGCCCCGCCCUCUCCGCUACCUCUACUACCUCUUCGUGCGCUACAUCCGCCGCGACAAGGUCUCCGCCGCUCUGAUCCGCGACUUCGGUCCCAAGUCCGCCGCCCAGCUCUGGACCAUCACCGCCCAGCGUGAAGCCUUCCGCGCCGCCUGGCACAAGUGGUGGGAUGCCGCACCCCGGCAAUACGACUUCAUCCUGUGUCCUGUAAACGCGACCCCGGCCCUGCCCCACGAAGCCAUGCACGACGCUGUCUCCUCCUGCGGAUACACCUUCCUCUGGAAUCUGCUCGAUUACUCCGCUGGCGUCCUGCCUGUCGGCCACGUAGAUCCCAUCCGCGACGCCCUCGUCGCCCCGUACAAGACGAUCCUCAAGCGUCUGGGCUGUGAUCACGGCAUUGCCCGGGGUGCGUGGAAACACUAUGACUCCGUUAAGAUGGCCGGUCUCCCCACUGCUGUGCAGGUCGUCGGUCGUCGCUGGCAGGAAGAGCAGGUUCUUGGAUACAUGGCUGUUGUGGAGAAGGCAUUGACCGAGUAUCGGGAUCCGCAGACCGGUGAGAGCUGUCGGUAUGCUCUGUUGGAGAUUGAUUAG